AUGACUUCUUCCACAGAGACCGUAGGUCAUCCAUCCAGAAGUGCUAGCCACAGGUGGAAGAUACAGCCAAAGGAAUUUAGGGCGAUCUUUGAUCCCAGCGCAUUUCCCAAGCUGACCUACCUACUCUAUGAAAUUAAGUGGGGCAGCAGCAUGAAGUUCUGGAGGAAGUGGUGCCCGAACACCCCCACUCAGCAUGCCGAAAUCAACUGCCUGGAAAAUGACUUCAAGGCGAUACACCACAGGCCUUCAGUGCGCUGCUCCAUCAUCUGGUUCCUGUCCUGGAGCCCCUGUGGGCUGUGUUGCAGACUGAUCAUUCACUUCCUACGGGCCCAUCCCAAAGUGUCCCUGCAAAUCUACAUAGGGCGGCUCUUCAGGCACAGAGAUGAACGGAACCGGCAAGGCCUCAGGGACCUGGUGAGCAGUGGAGUGAACGUUUACAUCAUGAGCCUGCCAGCUUACGACUACUGUUGGAGAACAUUUGUCGACCACCGAGUCAGAGAAGAUGAUAUUUACUGGCCCUGCUACUUCACUCCAUGGAUGAUAUUCUAUAUGCUUGAAUUCCAGUGUAUCCUGCAGGGUCUACCUCCUUGUUUACAGAUUUGGCUGAAGAAUUACACUGGCUCACCUGUUUUCCAAAUCGUUUUACAAGAAGCUCAUAGAAAAAUACUCUGGCAAAGUCUCCACACAGCAAACAGUCACCAGCAGCGACUGAUUUUCAGGCCUAGGCCAUCAGCUGAGCACUGGUACCCAUCAAUGUAUUUUCCUGGAUCACCAGUCAGUCACAAGCAGUGA